UAAACGAGGGAUUUGUGAUUCUUGCGUGGCAAGCAGUAGAAACUCGUUGGAUAUGUAGACAUUUGGAUGGUUAUUUCCUUAUUCUAAAAAAAAUAUAAAUAACCUGUAUUUAUUCUUGUUCUUCAGAAGGAUCUUUUAGAAAUGAUAUGAAGUGGCCAUUUGUCUCCAACCACCAGCGUAAGAAGGCUCAGUUCUCCUUCUCUCAUCAAGCACCUUUAGGUCUGAAAAAAAGGUUCCUCACAAUGGUGUUCACACGUGGAGUAGGAGUAAAGCGUAUACUAAUCUAUGGGAUACCUAUUCUCAUCCUUAUAAUGGUAUUCCAAAUAUGGAAGAGGCCAUGCAACUCAACUCCAUUUGGGGGUCAGCCUCUGUUACAGCACAUCGUUGUGGACGCCGAAAAGCGGACGUACAGCUACGACCGAAUGGAGCCGAUGAUCUUCAUCGGAGGAAUGCCUCGAUCGGGAACCACUUUGGCCCGUGUCUUGCUGGACGCCCAUCCGGAUAUCCGCUGCGGCGAAGAGACACGUGUCUUACCACGCCUUUUACAAAUGCGAGCCCAGUGGGUCAAGUCUCAAAAAGAAAAAAUGCGACUAGAAGAGGCUGGUGUCACCGCCGAGGUGCUUAAUUCAGCCAUCGCGGCGUUUAUAGUAGAGAUUGUCGCCAAGCACGGCGAGCCAGCCAAGCGUUUAUGCAAUAAGGACCCGUUCACCAUGAAGUCGGCCGUUUAUCUGUCCGAGCUGUUUCCUCGCGCCAAAUUUGUAUUGAUGGUGCGAGACGGACGGGCGACUGUACACUCGAUCAUCACUCGAAAAGUGACAAUCACUGGGUUUGAUUUAACCAGUUACCGCGAUUGCUUGACUAAGUGGAAUAAAGCUGUCACCAUUAUGCACAAUGAGUGUCAAAGUGUUGGACCCUCUCGAUGCUUGAUGGUUCAUUACGAACAACUCGUGCUUCACCCUCAGGUAUGGAUGGAGAAAAUUCUUCAAUUCCUUGACGUUCCAUGGGACGAUGUAGUCUUGCAUCACGAGCAGCUUAUCAAUCGACCUGGUGGGAUUUCACUAUCGAAAGUUGAAAGAUCGUCGGAUCAGGUUGUGAAACCCAUCAAUUUGGAAGCACUUAGCAAAUGGGUGGGUCAAAUUCCAGCGGAUGUCAUUAGAGACAUGCCCGAUAUUGCACCGAUGUUGUCUACUUUCGGCUACGAUCCUCGAGCCAAUCCACCUAAUUAUGGCGAUGCAGACCAAUGGGUCGCCAAUAACACGCUCAAGGUGGCCCAGCAAGAACGGCAUUGGAUGAACAAGACCCAGGAGCUUCUGAAAGCCAAAAAGCAACAACUCUCUCACGAUGAAUUUGAAGACAAAUUCGUUGAUUAAAUCUGUAUCUCUCCAUUCAUUUUCGCUCUCUUUUGCUCCCUCUCUAUUUUGUUUUCUCAAAGAGUCAAGUGGUGGUGCAUCACUUUGCCAUUGAUGACCUAUUCUUGUCACACAUUUAUACAAUGAUUUCAGCGCGCGUUGUAUGCUUCAAAAUAUUUUGUUGAAAAACGAAGGCUUUGUCAGUGUUUUAUAAGCAUCAUCUCAAUUGUCUUGUUUGUUUUUUCUUACCACGAUUGUGAAAGCUAUUGCAGGUAUAUUUUUCUUUCCGUUAUUCUCUUGCCCAAAGGCUGGUGAUUUUUCUUGCUUGUUGUUUUGUACAUCGAUCUAUUGAUCCUGAUUCCACCAUUCCCUGAAAUUGAAAAUUUGUUUAAAAUAACAAAUUAAGAAAUAACGAAAUUACAGUCGAUCGACACAAUGACCAAAGUCGAAGACCUCAAGUCACGUGACGAGGAAUGCCAAGUGCUGAUCAGCCGUUUCUCUUUUUUUCUUUGUUUUAAUAGCUUUAAAAUGUCCUUUUUUAAUUUUUUGAUAUUCAAAGAGUAACUAAAUAUACAUAUCCCAAGUGUGUAACGGAAA